AUGGAUCUGGGCUGCCCGCGUCAACAAAAUAAGAUGGAGGAGAAUCCCAGAUCUCUUUCGCGUUCCUUUCAAGCGCUCCAGAGUCUGAGCACCUUUUCUUCCUCCAACCGCAUCAGGAAGAGGCAAGGGAUGGGCAAAAUGCAGCGUGAAGUCUGCAAUGUCCUACAUCCUGGAUCUCAAGCCGAGUGGAACAAGCAUUUUGAGUCUGACUGCAGACUCUGA